AUGCCGACGACGCCGACGACGCAAACAUCGCGCGUCGCGCCGCGCGCGCGCGCGCCGCGAACCGCGAGCGCGCGCGCGAACGCGCGAACGACGCGCGCGCGCGCGGGGAAGCUCGUCGGCGAGAGCUGGGUCGAACUGAGCGACGCGUCGUACGCCAUCGAAAACGGACGCGAACUGUACGCCGCGGGUGACGUCGCGUCGGCGCUCAAAGAGUUCGAACGCGCGCUGACGCUGCCGGGAAGCGGCACGAAACGCGAUCGCGCGAAACCGGCGGAGCUGUCGAACGGCGAGCGACAGGCGGCGCUGUAUAACAUCGCGAGCGCGCGGUGCGCGUUGGACGACCGGAGCGGCGCGCUCGAGGCGCUGGACGGAUGUUUCAGAGCGGGGUACGCGAACCCGCGCGCGUACGGCGCGGCGAGAGGGAUGCGAGAUUUGGACGCGAUGUGGGCGGACGAGGACUUGACGCUCGCGACGCGCACGGAUGAGUUUCGGGCGAUGGUGAAAAAGUACAAGGUGACGCCGAACGCGAUGGCGUUGCAGUUCGAUUUCAACAACUCCAUCAUCGGCGGCGUCGUGGGCGCGGUGAGCGACAAGAUGACGCCGAAAAAGUAA